AUGAGCCAGCCCAACGCCGCACCCCCCACCUCCGCAAGCAAUGCGGUCCUGGUGGAAUCUCAACCUGUUCCCGAAGGAACACAACAAGUGAGCGGAGUCGACUUCGAUAAAUUUCAGGGUCGGGAUAUCACUGUGGCAGAAAUGGUCGAUAACAUGACCAACAUGGGCUUCCAGGGCAGCGCGGUUGCCGAGGCUGCCCGCAUCAUCAAUGAGAUGCGUGCCUUCCGUGACCCGGAAACCGGUGCAAAGACUACUAUUUUCCUCGGAUAUACCUCGAAUUUAAUCUCCUCUGGUCUACGUGAUACUCUCCGCUACCUCGUCAAGCAUAAUCAUGUGUCGGCCAUCGUCACUACCGCCGGUGGUGUAGAGGAGGACCUGAUUAAAUGUUUGGCUCCCACUUAUAUGGGCGCUUUCGCUACCCCAGGUGCCGGACUACGUGCCAAGGGCCUCAAUCGCAUUGGCAACUUGGUGGUGCCGAACAACAACUACUGUGCCUUUGAAGAUUGGUUGGUCCCCAUUUUGGAUCGUAUGCUAGAGGAGCAAGAGGCAGCCAAGCGGAAGGCGCAGCAGACUGGGGAUGUAGAAGACGAGCUCCACUGGACUCCAAGCCGCAUUACCGAGCGGCUGGGCCUGGAAAUUAACAAUAAGGACUCGGUGCUGUACUGGGCCGCCCGCAAUAAGAUACCCAUCUUCUGCCCUGCCCUGACUGACGGAUCGCUCGGAGACAUGCUCUACUUCCACACCUUCAAAUCGUCACCACAGCAAAUCCGGGUGGAUAUUGUUGAAGAUGUGCGCCGCAUCAACACUAUGGCUGUGCGGGCCGCCCGGGCGGGUAUGAUUAUUUUAGGCGGCGGUGUGGUUAAACAUCACAUUGCUAACGCGUGUCUGAUGCGGAACGGUGCCGAACACGCCGUGUACGUCAAUACUGCCCAGGAAUUCGACGGCAGUGAUGCGGGUGCCCGGCCUGACGAAGCCGUGAGCUGGGGAAAAAUCAAAAGCGAUGCCCACGCCGUCAAAGUCUACGCCGAGGCCACCGUGGCAUUCCCACUUAUCGUUGCGGCCUCGUUUGCACGCGCAGCCCCAGCACAAAAUUGA